AUGAGGGCAUACUACCACGAUGAGUCCAACGAGCAUCCCACAGCGCGUCACGAUUCCACCGGCGAAUACCUCGAUCUCAAUGCGUUGAAGGAAGUCGGCGUCCUCGCGUUUGUCAAUCAAAGCCUCGAAAACGUCGAUGCAAUCGCCCUCGAACGCGGUUAUGUGGCCCGGGACGAGAUCAGGGUCUCUAAGGAAAGCCUCGGAGACGGCUAUGAAGCCAAGAUCAAGGCUUUUUAUGAGGAGCAUCUCCAUGAGGACGAAGAAAUCAGGUACAUUCGUGAGGGAUCCGGCUACUUCGACGUCCGGAGCAAGGAUGAUAGCCGGUGGAUUCGUAUUCAUGUCGAGAAGGACGACCUCAUCAUUGUCCCGGCUGGCAUCUACCAUCGCUUCACGCUUGACAGCAAGAAUGCUGUACGCGCUGUGCGGCUAUUCAAAGAAGCGCCCAAGUGGAUCGCUCUGCCCCGCGAACCUGGCCUCGAGACGAACCCAUACAGGCAGCAAUACGUUUCUUCGAUUUCUGCUUGA